GUGUGAAGUUGUUGCGUUGUUUAUCGAAACACGUGGCAUACAAGAGACGAGAAAACAUAAAACGAAAAGAGAAGAUGGAUGCAGUCCCCAUUGGAGUGGGUGCAGUGAGACUUCAGGAUGCCUUUGGAAACUGCACUACCAAAACAGACUCCUCUCAGCUGGCCAAGCUUGGAGCUCAGGCAGUGCAGCAGGGAGAAAAGCGAAGUCCAAAGCCGCAGGUACCUAAAGAUGUGUUUAGGUGCAAUGAGUGUGGCCGGAGCUUUCUUGAGCUGGCGGCGCUUGUGCGCCACCAGCAGAGAGACCAUGCCUUGCGCAAGCCACACCGCUGCUAUGUCUGUGGACAAGAGUUUGCCCUGCUCUCCAGCCUGCAGCUCCACAAGCGCUCCCAUGCCACCCUGCAGUGCCAGCUCUGCCAGCGAAGCUUCUCAUGUACAGCCAGCCUUACCAAUCACAUACUACAACAGCACACCGCUGUCCCAGAGAACCAGGGCCUGGAGGUAUGGCCAUUCACCUGCCAGAUCCCAUGCCAAGAUAGCGGUCCUUAUGCUUGCGCCCUUUGUGGGAGAGCCUUCAGCCACAAGCCAGCACUCCUCCACCACCAGCAGGCGGGCUGCCAUACGCUGGGAGACAAACGUGCACUGUGGCCUCACACAGCCUUGCCCACAGCCCCUCAUCUGAUGCCACAGGUGCCGACCCCUUCCUCCUCAGCCCCGCCCUCAUUUACAUCCAACCCCCCACCCCCCACCAGGUCCCAUCUCUGUUCAUUGUGUCCCAGAGGGUUCCGCUCUCGGGCAGGCUUAGCCUGCCACCAACGCCUCAGACACCCUCUGGAGUGGAAAAGGGCGCAGGCCAGGUUCUGGAAGCAGGGUGGUGACAGGUUCCCUUGUCCAUCUUGUGAUAAGGUUUUCUGCCACUCACUCUCUCUUUCUCAGCACCAGACACGGUGCCAUACAAAGAAGGUGAAGCGGAAGAAAAGGAGAAAGCAAAGACACACGGGCAACUUGUUCCCCUGCCGCUCUUGCGACAUGGUCUUUUCACAGACCUCUAAACUCUACUUACACAGGAAAGAGCAACACCGUAGGCAAGAGGUAGAUGGGGAGCGAAGAGUCACAGUAGUUGGAAGGAAGACAAAGAGAAGAGAACUAUAUCCAUGCCACUUUUGCAACAAAGUCUUUUCUGACCAUUUAUCACACUGGGCACACCUCAAGACCCACCAUGCGCAAAAACAGAAAAGGAUGCAGAGAGGCAAAAGGGCCCGCAAGUCAGUUGAGCAGGUAGCCCACAGACAGCUCUUCCAGUGCCCACAUUGCGACAAGGCUUAUCGUCACCGCUGCAACCUAAGCAGACAUUACCACACGCACUUGAAAUCCAGCCAAAAGAGGAACCCUGUGCUGAAGCAACCGAAAGACACUGGAGACGAUCCAGAGAGGAAGGAGGGAAGAAAGGGGGUGAAGGAUGACCAAGAGUGUAAGAUACGGCAAGCGCAGGAGGGUGAGGAGUCGUUCCCCUGUUCGUCCUGUGAGGAGGUGUUCAGCCAACACUCUGCCUUGAGCAAGCAUGAGGAGGUGCAUCAGACCACGGAGGGGAUGAGACGCUGUAGCGUGUGCAGCCACGGCAUGGGUUCCCUCAGAUGGGCAGAAGGACAGGUUACGGGGUUCUAUCACUGUGUGCCAUGCAGACAUGUUUUCCAAACACUGAGCGUCUUCCUCCAGCACUGCCAAAUGCAUCUCUUCCGCACAGAUGAGUAGGGUGCAGUAGAUGCCGGUGACACAGCCAACUUGAGUCACAUGCAAUAUUCUUGAUCGCUCGUAACAUUUGGUAGAAAUCUGACAUGCUAAGCAAACCAAAAAGAUUCACAUUGAAUUCUGCCCAUCUUAGCAUAUAGAAAUGCACUCAUGAGUGUCACAUUUAACCAGCCUAAUUGCGAUUCACACCUCCACAUUCCUCUGUCAUCGGAGAUUGAAGAAAUUGUCAAGCCUGUCGUCAGGGUUGUGUAGCAAAGCUUGCCCCGGUAUUAAUGGCAGCCAUUAACUUUAAGGCUGAAUUCAUAAUGGCUCAGGGUUUGUUUUCAAAUACAAAAGCUCAAGACAGUGCAAAGGUAAGGGUUAUAAUCAUAGUAGCACUGUAGAAUC